UUCGUUUUAACUUCAGUGUCACAAGCACAAGAUUUGAAACGAUAGGGUGCCGACAACAGACACAAACAAAGUGAAAUAUCACAAAUGUCAUAAAAUUGUCCAUUGCUUGUCGAUCAAACAUUGCCAUGGCAGAAGCGUCUUCAUCGGGGGAACCGUCGAAACGUCCGAAAAUGGAUGACAAUGACGACGAAAAUGACAAUGAUGAAUGGGUUGGCCCGCUUCCCAGUGAGGCCGCCCAACCUAAGCGCAAAAAGAUCCUUCAGUAUGAAAAGCUGUACCUUGAAAAUUUGCCUUGCUCGGAAGUGUAUGAAAAAAGUUUCAUGCAUCGAGAUGUCAUUACCCAUGUAAUUGUAACAAAAACUGAAUUUGUGAUAACAGCCAGCUGUGAUGGUCACAUAAAAUUCUGGAAAAAACAACCAGACUCUAUUGAGUUUGUCAAACAUUUUCGUAGCCACCUAGCUCCCGUCUUAGAUGUAGCGACUAAUGCAAAUGGUAGCCUUUUCCUAUCAUGUGGUGCAGAUAAGGCGCUUAAAAUAUUUGAUGUUAUUAACUUUGAUAUGAUCAACAUGAUUAAAUUGAAUUUCAUGCCAAAUAGGGCAGAGUGGAUUCACAGUCCAGGAGAUGCUAUUAAUGCUCUUGCAGUGUCUGAAGCUGACAGUAGCAAAAUAUAUAUCUUUGAUGGUCAAGGAAAAAGUACACCAUUGCAUGUUUUGGAAAAAUUGCACACCCAACCAGUUGUCUGCAUGAAAUAUAAUGCAGCUCUCUCUAUUGUUGUAUCGGCUGACAAAACAGGGAUUGUCGAGUACUGGACAGGACCUAAAUCAGACUACAAGUUUCCAAAAAAUGUUCUUUUUGAUUCCAAGUUGGACACAGAUUUAUUUGACUUCAUCAAAAAUAAAACAUACCCAACCAGCAUUGCAUUCCCUCCUGAAGGGAAUAAAAUGGCUAUUCUUUCUGCUGAUCGAAAGAUUCGUAUUUUUAACUUUUUAACUGGAAAACUAACAAGGAUUUAUGAUGAAUCCCUGUCAACCUUUACUCAACUUCACCAAACAAAACAACAGUUACCCAACAUGGAAUUCAACCGCAGAAUGGCAACGGAAAGAGAAUUGGAAAAGGCAGACCCUCCCAUGUUUGGAAACAUUUUGUAUGAUGAAAGUGGUCACUUUAUCUUAUAUACAACUAUGUUGGGGAUCAAAUUAGUUAACACUUAUAACAAUAGGUGUAUUAUGUUUAUUGGCAAAUCAGAAAAUUUACGUCCUCUUCACAUAGGUCUAUUUCAGGGCCGUGCUCGAAGGACGAAAGCUGCUGUAACGGUAGAAUUAGAAGCCUCUGAAAAUCCAACUUUGGACAAUGUUCAGUCUGAUCCCACUCUAUUCUGCACUGCUCAUAAAAAGAACAGAUUUUAUCUCUUCACAAGGAAUGCUCCUGACGAUACAAAGAGCCAUGAUAAUGAAAGAGAUGUGUUUAAUGAGAGACCCUCAAAGGAUGAUAUCAUUGCUGCUACUGAAGCUACAGGUCUUCAGAAAGUCUAUGAAACUGCAAUUGUUCACACUGCAAUGGGUGACAUUCACAUAAAAUUAUUUUUGGACUGCCCUAAAGCUGUUGAGAACUUUUGUGUCCAUAGCAAAAAUGGGUAUUUCAAUGGACAUAUUUUUCAUAGAGUCAUCAAAGGUUUCAUGGUGCAAACAGGAGAUCCAACAGGCACUGGAACUGGGGGUGAGAGUAUAUGGGGAGGAGAAUUUGAGGAUGAAUUUAGGCCUAAUCUUCGCCAUGACCGUCCAUAUACCGUAAGUAUGGCCAAUGCUGGGCCUAAUACCAAUGGGAGUCAGUUCUUCAUCUCAGUAAUACCCACACCAUGGCUCGAUAACAAACACACAGUAUUUGGACGUGUGGUUAAAGGCAUGGAAGUAGUCCAAAACAUCAGCAACGUGAAAACCAAUCCUAAAACGGACAAACCAUAUGACGAUGUCCAAAUUAUCAGUGUCACAGUAAAGUAAUGCCCUAGCUUUCUUUUAAAAUGAAUUUAUAACUUGUACACAUUCUUUUAUGAUUUUGAACAACCGUUAACUCACUAUGGUCAUUUUAUUCACGCUCAUGAAUUCCAAGAAAUGUGCUAAAUAUAUACCAACAUCUCAAUACAA